UUUCAGAUGAAAGAGCUUCUCUUCUCCAUUGGGGAGGAGCUGGCGGCCGACGACCUGGAGGCCCUCAAGUUUCUCUGCCUGGACUUGAUCCCGCUGAAGAAGCAGGAGACCAUUCAGGAUGCCCUAGGCCUUUUCCGGCUGCUCCGGGAGAAGGGGAUGUUGGAGGAGGGAAAACUUUCCUUCUUAAAGGAGCUGCUCUUCCGAAUUCACCGGAUCGACCUGCUGAAGGCUCACCUGGGGACCAGCCAUGGGGACGUGGAGAGGGAGCUGGAGGAGCCGGGAAGGGCCCAGGUGUCUGCCUACAGGUACCUGCUCUACCAGAUUGCUGAAGAGUUGACCAAAGAAAACCUGACCAGUAUUAAAUUCCUACUGCUCUCAGAGCUUCCAAAGAGCAAACUUCAAAGCCCCACAACUGCCUUAGGUAUCUUUAUACAUAUGGAAAAACAUGGAAAGAUGAAUGAAGGAGACCUGGGAAUGCUAAAGAAGAUUUUAAAGGAUGUCCAGCCCAGCCUGCUAAUACCAAUUGAGGAGUAUGAAGAAAAAUCAAGAGCCAGAGCAGGAGCAGCUGGAAACUUAAGCACUGCCUUGGGACAACUCUCCCUCACCACAGGAAAUUACAACCAACAAGUAUCUUCCCCAAAGGCAGCAGAAGAAAUGGAAAGAAUAUCUCAGAUCAUGGCGCCGUACAAGAUGAACCACUUACCUCAUGGAUUCUGUGUCAUCAUCAACAACUCGGAGUUCCAGAACCCGCAAAACACCAGGAGAGGAGCGGAUAAAGAUGCAGCGGCUCUGGACAAGGUCUUCAGCUGGCUCCAGUUUAAGGUCGAGCACCACAAUAACCUGAAAGGGGAGGCCAUCUCCCGCGUCCUACGGGCCUACAGCGAGAGGGACCACACGGACCAGGACUGCUUCAUCUGCUGCCUGCUCUCGCACGGCCAGAAAGGCGAAAUCCUGGGCACGGACUGGGAGCCGGUGCCUCUGAGGGCCCUGCUGGGCCUCUUCACCUCCUCAGCCUGCCGCACCCUGGCCACCAAGCCCAAGAUCUUCUUCGUCCAGGCCUGCCAGGGCGGCCAGGGCCAGGGCGGGCUCUCUCUGCGAGGGCGCGAGGGCGCCCUGCUGGAGGCGGACGCGGUGGUCAUCCCCUCCGUCCCCGACUGGGCCGACCUCCUGGUGGGCAUGGCCACGGUGGAAGAUUUCAUCUGCUUCCGGCGCCCGCGUCACGGCAGCGAGUACAUCCAGGCGCUCUGCAGGGCGCUGGAGACCUUCUGCCCGCGGGGGAAGGACCUGCUGACCAUCCUGACCCACGUGAACAAAGAGGUUGGCCAGAAGGUGUUUGGGAGCAACAAGCAGAUGCCGGAAGUAAAAUUCACCCUCCAGUGCCCACUUAUCUUCCCGGUCCCAGAGUCGGGAAACGAGCGAGAAGAGCAGGAGGAAGGAUGCUGA